AUGGUGGAAAGAAAGGAUGUACUCAGAUGGCCGAAACCCACGAGGGUCACCCCUGCCAAGAAAUAUUCGAGCAAGUACUGUAGAUUCCAUCGUGAACGGGAACAUGACACCGAGGAAUGCUACCAGCUUAAAGAUGAGAUUGAGCAAUUAGUUCGCCAAGGGUACUUCAAGGACCAGAUAUCAAAGAGUUACCCUAGCAAAGGUCGACACAGUAGAUCCCGGAGCCCAGUGAGGCGAGCAGAGGGAGGAGUCGUUACAGGGCAGAAUACCCGAGAGAACGCGCCUGUGAAAGACAUUAUACACAUGAUAGCGGGAGGAUCGGAGAUGGGGUAUUCAAAUAGAGCAAGGAAGAAAGCUAAACGGAGGAUAGACACAAUGAUGAGCAAGCAGGUCAUGAAUAUAUCGAAUGAGUUAGAGAUCAGUUUUGGUGCACAGGAUCUAAAAGAAAAAAUCGGGGAUGGCAAUGAUCCUAUGGUGAUCAAAAUGGAUAUAGCCAAUUUCACUGUCCAUAAGGUUUUGGUUGACAAUGGAAGUUCUGCUGACAUUAUCCUCAAGGAAGUCUUAAUCAAAAUGGGCUUAGGAGAUGCCAGAUUGGACGCUGUGAAUUCGCCAUUGGUGGGCUUCGGAGGCAAUGAAGUGGAUUCGUUGGGAACAAUCGAAUUGCCCGUUUCCCUUGGAGAUGAACCAAGAAGAAGGACUCUUACGGUAAAGUUUCUCGUGGUCAACACCCCUUUUGCUUAUAAUGUUAUUUUGGGUAGACCUGGCUUGAACAUUUUCAGGGCCAUUGUAUCCACGUAUCACUUAAAAAUGAAAUUCCCUACACAUGCCGGAGUUGGAGAGGUCGCAUGCGACCAGUGGGAGGCCAGGCGAUGCUACAACCUCUCUGUAAAAAAGGAUGCGACGGAUAAAAAGAGGAAACUGGGUGAAACUUUAAUCGAGAAGGAGGACAGGAUAGAACCGAUCGAUGGACACUGGGAGAUCGAGUUGGUGCAAGGCGACCCAUCCAAGACGACAAAGAUUGGGGCAAGGUUGGAGAAAAAAUUUGAAUUGUUUGCGUCGUAA